AUGACAAUGACCGCAUCGGUAAUCCGCUCAAGACGGACAGAGGGUCUCCGUCUCGCGAGUCGACUGCUCGGCAACUCGGAGGAUCACCGCGCACCCCGCCCAAAGCGCCAACUCGACCCUUCGGCACGCGACUCCGACACCAUCGUGACCAAGAAGGCCAGGUUCACGACGGGAAUUGCAGUAGAGAUUCCAGCGAGGCCGUCGUCACAUACCCGUUUCGCAAAGGACACUGCCGACGCGAGACCAGUGCCGGCUGCCCAGAAACCAUCUGCCGGUGCCGGUACCACUGCCCCGAAAGCUCCAACGAGCCAUCGCGAUUCUCUUGCCAAUGGCCCGAAACCCACUCGUGCUAGCUCCCGCGAGCAACCGACGCUUACAAAACAUCAAGAGAAGGUCGCCAAUGGGUUGAAGCACGAGCUGGACAGGUUACGGCCGACUGAGACCGACGCCAAUGGCCCCAGAAAGCUGAGGUCACAAGAAAGCAGUCGCUUCAAAAGUGAGCUCUCAGCUUACUUCCCAGAGUACGACCAGAUCAUGGGAAACGAGCCGAAAGAGACUCAUCUUCUUAACCUGGACACGCCCAUCGUAGUCGACCUCUCCGACCCAGCUCCGCUUGACGGCUCCCUCCCGCAACAGCUACAUACCCAUACAACAACCACCACAAUUUCACCGACCUACUACCCCAUCCGCAGCUACAGUGACGCCCUCUUCACCGACCUCCAUGACGCACAGCGCAUCGACUUUAGCUUCCUCACCAACAACAACCAUAACAAUAACAACAGACCUCCGACAACAAGAACGUCCAGAACCGCCGCCGCCGAUGUCGACCCGCUCCCGGACACGCUCUACUGGCCGCUGCACAAGCGCGAGGCCCGCUCGGAGCGCUCGAUCCGCAACACGGAAAAGGGCCGCGCGCAGCACGAACGCGACCAGAUCGCGCGCCUGUUGGAUGCCCUGCAGGGCCACGACUGGCUGCGCGUCAUGGGCGUGAGCGGCGUGACGGAGAGCAAAAGGCAAGCCUUCCAGCCGGCAAGGGGGUAUUUUAUCAAGGGGUGCGAGGGGAUAUUGGACAAGUUUCGGCGGUGGGCGGCUGAGGAGAAGAGGAGGCGGUUGGAGGUCAAGGAGAUAUCAAAAAAGAUUGGGGGGAGGAAAAAGGGGAGGGAGAGGGGGCCUGGUCCCCAGGAUGAGGAAGAGGGGGAGGGGUCUGUUGCUGGGGAAGGAACGGAAAGGGUGGCGGUUGUGGAGGCAGAGGAAGAGGAGGGGAGUGGGGAAGAGUUGGAGGUAGAAGAAGAGGAGGAGGCACGGGACGAGGAGGAGGAACAACAAGAAGAGGAUGAGGCUGAGGCUGAGGAGAAACAGGGCAAGCGCCGUGGCGUCGUGCAAGGCGAGCCGCCAGACGAGGUCUCCGACGUGGACGCCUCCAUCGCCAAGCAGCUCCGCGAGGAAGUGCUGGCGGCCGCAGCGAGCCGGACAACGUACAGGAACGGGAGGCGGGCGCCGUCGAGAAUGAAGCCGCGACGGGUGCGGGAUAUCUUUGGUCAACUGGUCCCCGAGGAGCUGCUGCCGCCGGAGGAGUACCUGUCGCAUUUUGCUCCGCCCUACCAGAACGUCAUCACGCUCGGCGAGGACUGCACCGGCCGCGCGAGGAGACGCAAGAAGCUUGCCUGGGGCCAGCCUGUGCCGGUUUUGAAGCAGAGAGACUUUACGCUACCUGCUGAGGUGUUUGAGAGAGAGGAGCUUGAAGCGGCGAUAGGGAAGGGGAGGAGGAGGGUGGUGAGGAAGUGA